AUGAACUCCCUGAAAUACCUUUCUCGCCAGUUCGAUGUAUUGGCCUCCCCAAAGACACUUCCAUCAACCCCAACGAAAGAAGAAUUUCGACAGCUCGCUUCCUCCUCUGAACCACCUCUAAAGCGAGUCAAGACGUGGUCCACUAGAUCCUUCCUCGUCCAGGGCGCGAGCUCAUCGGCACAUCCGAAGCGCUCUCGCUCAUCGCCCACAGUCUCUACUCUCGCAACGACGGCCAUUUCCGUGACCGAAAACAAACGCCAGAAACACGCAGAAUCCCUGAUCAGCAGAAUAUUCUACCUCAGGGUCCUGGCAUUAGCAUGGGAUUCAUUUCGUGCAGCGUGGACUUCAUUAAUUCACGGAGGACUGCUGCGACAAAGCAUCAACAAAGUUCCGGCCCCGGAGGAGAAAUCUCUGUUAUUAGAAGAAAGCUCUGAGAGCUCUGACGACGACUCACCCCCACCGACUGCUCGCAGUUUCACUUCAUUAACAUCCUCCACCAGUUCCGAUUCCGACCCAAUACCACUCGAAUCGAAGCUACGCACCCCAUCUAUCACAGUCCAUCCUCCUUCCGAUUCAGUUUCCAGCACACGGUCAGCUACACCAACACCGGGAACGCGGAAAACGCCCUUUCAUGCGCAGAAAACGCUUGUUCUUGAUCUCGACGAAACUCUCAUUCAUUCUACGACUCGACCCAUUAGCACUGCCAACAGCUCUGGCCUUUUCGGUUUCGGUGCUCGGAAAGGUGGUCCGGGCCAUGUUGUUGAGGUCAUGUUGGGCGGAAGGAGUACUCUCUACCACGUAUACAAACGGCCAUUCGUCGAUUUCUUUCUCAGAACAGUUUCUGGCUGGUAUACACUGGUGAUCUUCACCGCGUCUAUGCAAGAAUAUGCAGAUCCAGUCAUUGACUGGUUAGAUGCUGGACGAGGCAUUCUUGACCAUCGAUUGUUCAGAGACUCAUGUACCCAAUUACCGAACGGCUCCUACACUAAAGACCUUGCCGUCGUUGAGCCCGACCUUGCACGUGUUUGCCUCAUCGACAAUUCACCGAUUAGUUACAGAGUUAAUGAAGCUAAUGGCAUACCUAUAGAGGGAUGGACUCAUGAUCCAUCUGACGAGGCUUUGCUAGAUUUGCUUCCUGUCUUGGACUCUUUACGCUUCACUUCGGAUGUACGUCGAGUGCUUGGACUGCGCAAUGCGACUGGAAGUCGUGGUCGCUCAUAG